AUGCCAGACAUGAACGAAAUAUCAUACCUUACGACGAAACCACACAGCUUCAAGUCACCCACCUGGAAAGCCCCCAACCGCCGUCACAAGCCGUUGAAGCAGUUGCUCUCUGACGAACAGAAGCGCUUGAACACCCAUGAACCGCCAUUGGCGAACGAUCCUGUCACAUACUUCUCAGUAGAAGCGCCGCCGUCCUUGAGACCGCUGAAGGUGUAUUGUGACAUUACUGGCUUGCCUACCACGUACAAGGCUCCAGGCAGCAACUUGCGAUACUACGACGCUGAGGUGUUUGAGCUUAUUCGAAACAUUGCUCCUGGUGUGGAUCAGCAAUAUUUAGAGUUGAGAGCUGCCAACGUUAUUUUGCGUUAG